GCGUGUGGCUGCGAGGACCAGUCUGGCGCUGCAGCCGCAUCCCUGAUAGACAGAGAGGAGAGCAUCACUGCACGCCAGGAUCUCCGGACGUUCCAGCAUCUUAAAAAGCCAAACCCAUCGCCUGCCACAAGCAAUAACAGGGUGAUACUUAGUCUUCAUGGCCAUUAAAUAGGGCCGUCUUUUUUAUUUAUUUAUUUUUUUUUAUUUUGAAAACUACAGUUCUAGGGAGGAUAGCGCUCCUUCGCAAAAUGGCUGAGAUUACCAACAUUAGACCAGCUUUUGAUGUGUCUCCUGUUUUGGCUGGCUUCAUUGGUGCCGGGGUUUUGGUUGUUUCUGUAUCACUGGCUGUCUUUGUUUGGACCUGCUGCCAUCGCCGGUACCAGAAGAGCCUGAGCAGUGGGCAUGGUGGUGACCUGGGUUCUGACCCCCCAUACAAAUUUAUUCAUAUGCUCAAGGGUAUCAGUAUUUACCCAGAAACCCUGAGCAACAGCAAAAAAAUUGUGCGUGUUGCCCGCAGGGCAGGUGAACUGCGAGCAGCUAGUGGCAACUACCGGAGUGACUGGGCUCAUAACAAUACAGUGCUGGUUGAUGCAGCGGAAAAUGGUUUGCUCAGCCCAUCACCCACUCAAGGCUCCCGUCCACUUGUGUGUCCCAGUCAACAGCGCCUUGAGCAGCAGCUCCCUCUCAGGGCAGAUUACAGCCAAGGAUUGAGCCCCGAUCCCAGUCUGAGCAGCAGCACCACAGGCAGCAAGACACCCUCUCCUUUCACACCUUCAGAUGGCACAGAAGAGGCAAAAUUGGGCACUCUCAGCUUCUCAGUAGAUUACAACUUCCCUAAGAAAGCACUAGUAGUAACUAUUCAGGAAGCUCAUGGCCUCCCUGCAGUAGAUGAACAAGCAAGCAGCUCAGACCCAUAUAUCAAGAUGACCAUUCUACCAGAAAAGAAGCACCGUGUGAAGACACGUGUGCUGCGCAAGACCCUGGAUCCUGUGUUUGAUGAGACUUUCACCUUCUAUGGUGUGCCCUUCAGUGGGCUGCAAGAGCUGGUAUUACACUUCCUGGUGCUCAGCUUUGACCGCUUUUCCCGUGAUGAUGUCAUCGGUGAGGUGGUGGUGCCUUUGUCCGGGGUGGACCCCAGCACAGGACGUGUGCAGCUCCGACAUGACAUUGUUAAGAGGAAUAUCCAGUGCGUGAGCCGAGGGGAGCUUCUUGUAUCGCUGUCCUCCCAACCUGCCACACACAGACUCAGUGUGGUGGUACUGAAAGCCAAGCACCUACCUAAGAUGGACAUCACUGGACUCUCAGGUAAUCCUUAUGUCAAAGUAAACGUUUACUACGGGCGCAAACGCAUUGCCAAGAAGAAGACUCAUGUGAAGAAGUGCACCCUAAAUCCUGUUUUCAACGAAUCUUUUAUUUACGACAUUCCUGCCGAGCUGCUGCCUGACAUCUCCGUGGAGUUCCUUGUCAUUGAUUUCGACCGCACUACCAAAAAUGAAGUUAUUGGGCGGCUGGUGCUAGGAGCUCACAGUGCAACCCCAUCUGGUGCUGCCCACUGGCGCGAGGUGUGCGAAAACCCUCGACGGCAAAUUGCCAAGUGGCACAGCCUGGGAGAAUAUUAGCAACUCAUCAGAUGGACAGAAGGAAUGACAGAAAGACAGGCCGCUAUUCAAACUCCAGGUGUGAGAGUGAGCUGGAGAACCUUGUACAGAACAAUUGUUAAUUACUGCAGAGCAAAAGCAAAAUGGACUUGUUUUAGUGAUAGUGAAAAAGACAUAACUAAAAAAAAACAAAAUCAAAAAAAGACUUUAUAUUAUAAAUAAGAUCAGCUCUUUAUUAAUGUAAUUUUAUGGAGCACCAAAAAACAAACAGGCAGACAUUUAAAUACUAAUGAUAAGACUGACCCUGACUUACAGGUUGUUUUGAAAUGGUGCUUGGCUGGCUCACAAAAAUCAGUCACUAAAUGGUGAUAAUCCAUAUAGGGAUGUGGGCUGAGAUCCUGACCACUAGGUGUCCACUUUUAGGGCACUGCUCCUGUUUUCAUGUGUAGGUGUUUCAUUUGCUUCCACAGUGGAACGGUGCUUCCCAGUGAAGCAGCUCCCAUAUGGGAGGGAAUGUUUGGGCCCUGUGGUUAAUGGGGGCCAGCAGCCCUUUUUUCACUGCCCACAGCAUGGGCAAUAACCCCAUGUGCGCAUGUGAAACAGCCUAUUGGCUUGUAGAUCACCCUGUAUUUUGGGUAAAAUAAUCAGCUCCUUGCAUGCUUGGCAAAAGAAAAAGUGCAUUUAAACUCUCUUGUAGAACUGUUUAGUACUCAGUCUCUUUUACUGUUUCCCAAGCUGAAGAACGAAAUACAAAUCACACGAGGCAAUGGCAGGCAACCCACACUUCUUGUGCUGCUUUUAAAAUGAGAACAAGAGAUCCUUUCAAUGAAACUGGAUGUACAGAAGCUCCAUGUCUGUUAGUAUCGACCACUCUCAAAUAUCCCGAGGAUCCACCCCACCACCCACUCAACCCUCCUUUCACAGGCACACCGUAGGGAAUUGUGCAAAGUGGACUGACAAACGAGAAUGCACUGGACAAGUGGACAGUGUACGAGGGUCUUAACUGACCCCCAGCUUGAGGUACAUUGCCGUAGAGGUGCUGCAAACAGUCAAUUUGCACCCCGCAGUGCAUGUGAGGAUUCAAUCUGUGCACGGCAACUCAUGGGAUUUCAUUUUGCUAGCUUCUGACCGCCUAAACCACAUUUACUGGACUGUCUAGGGAGUUCAAGACUGUAACUCCUAGUGUCCAGUUUGUAACCCCCAAGCCUCAGCACUAUAAGGAGGACUAUUUCCGUGUAACCUGCUAAACCUUUCACUGUCUCUCCACUUUCCCAGCUGCCUUUUUUAAAUGUUCACACAAGCUCAGAAGCAUCACAUCUAAAAAAAGUAUGCAACUUCAAAUGAAACAAAAUACAGACUUCCAUGAGACACAGAUUGUGAUUUAUUACAAAAUUUGGAUUAUUUUGUCGAAUGCAAACCUCUUUUAAAACUCGACGGAUCUUUGGAUUACUGGGUGUUCAGAACUUGACGAUUUUGCCAUCAAGUUAUUUGACGGCCUGUCAUUCCAAGAGCUAUCCUUUGCUGACUGCAUCCAGUCAUACCUGCAGCUGUCCACCUCCAUCUUACUUGUAUUAUACUGAAUGGGAACUCUAAGAUCACCCCUCUAGUCUUUUGUAAUUUCCCUCAACUGAAGGAAGUGCUGAUGCAGUAGCAACACUGAAUCUCCACUCCUAGUUGGGCAGAGCUCAAGAUUGAGUGCUUCUGCAUUCAGAUAAUCCAGUCUCGAGAGGGUGUUGAGGGGGCAUACAUUAGACAUUUUAACGUACUUCAGAAAACAUUUGCGGGUUCAGUUUCCUUCUCAUUAUGUGAACCUGAGCAAGUCCCUAAUCCGUCUGGAUUCCAUCUGUGGGAAGGAUUUGUACGGAAACAAGUGUAACAUAUCCUGAUCUUUCACAUCGGUUAGUUAUACAAUAGUGAAAAUAAUAAUUUUGUCCGAUGGUUCUGGCUGCUCUAUGUGUGUCCAUUUGACAAGUGUGUUUUUAUUGUUAAUGCCUCCUGCAACUGGUGAGUAUUUUGCAUGUAUGAAAGCAUCAGUGCCACCAUGAACGAUCUGCAACCACCUUUUAAAAUUAUGUUCAAUUUCAGAAUCGUUCUCCGAGUUAACAAACAUAAUAUAUAAAUACUAUCAGACUACUACAAAGAAGAUGGUGAAACAUCUCAAAGCAAGUGUCACACAAUGAUCGUCCUGGGUAAAGGCUUAGCCCAUCUCCGCCAUCUUAACAGAAGUCUUUUUUUGUAAUUUGCAAGAAUGUGAAGUCAGUGAAACCACUUGGAAAGACUAAAUAGCUGAGCACUUUUAAGACAUAUCUUGAUAUAGCAGCACAAACAGAAGGACUGGCCAGGGGUCUGAAUGAGGAUAGGAGAUGAAAGCUCUUCAAAUUGACAAACAAACAAAACCACUGGGCAUUUUUCAUUGAAUUCAAGCUGGCUGGAUGACUCUGUAAAUGUUCUCUUUAAGGUGAAAGCUAAAAUCAAUGUUAACAUCAGUAUCCCUUCGACUGACCAACAAUUCAUCCAUCUUGAGGGCAACAGCAUAAAAACCACUUGGAGAUCAAAGCAAGUGACAAAAACCAGAAUGUACAAAUUCAACGACACCAUCUUCUUGCCCCGCAGAUAUAUGGAAUCCUCACCUGCUACUGACUGAGGUGCCGGUGUUUAGGAUCCCGUACGAAACAGAAAGUAGACAUAUUCAAGAAUGAUAGGUCCAGUAAUCCACAAAAUAAAGCAGCAUGGGAGCUGUUCAUCUGUUUGUGUUGAAAUAAAAAGCAAAAAAAAGAAAAAAACUUCAUUCGGGAGGACCCAUUAGAAAUCCAGCCCUUGAGAUCAAACAUGUACAGUAUGUAUUUUGUAAAGUUUUGAUUUUAUUGAUUUUUUUUUUCAACCAAACUGAAAUGCUGUGUAAAUUUGUAAGUGUUGGAGAGUGGGUUAGAGCAGAUUAUUUGAAGUCUCUCUUCACUCGUCCUUCUUGUCUGGUCUCUUGUAAAAAGGAAUAAGGGGAACGUUGUAUUAUUAAUAAUGUAAGAAUAAUAAUACUGAAUAAUAAUAACAGUCAUAUAAAAGAUAUUAAGUAAAAAAAUCUUUAUGUGGAGAAACAAUUGAGCUGUGUUUGAACCGCAUAAUGACCUACACGCUAUGCUAACAUAUUACACUAAUGCUAAGUUGUAUGUUGAAUUUGUUAAAACACAUUGAACGUGCAAAUAAAGACUGGUACACAA